GAACCAGCAGACUCCAGAAACCCUGCAGGCCCAUUUCUUCCUGCACCCGCAAUCGCCGUCCUUACGUUCCUUGUUUUUUAUCACCCUUUCCAUCCCUUCCCCUGCCCAAAAAGGGUCCAGUGCUCGAUCAAUCAAACAGGGCUGGUCAGGUUGGGCGGCAAGAUGGGCACCCUCCCCAUACCGGUACCGGUAAUGCAGAAUCUCCAUAAAUACCGGUACUAUGCUAUAUAGUAACUUUAUCAUACUAGUACUUGUACCGGUACGUGUUCGUAUCACGUCGGACUCAACCAAUUUCCUGCGACCAGUUACUGCACAAUAGGUAUCUGCAUGUUCAGGCGUUCGCAUCCAUCAAGAGAAACGGUCUGCCCUCACCCGUCAUCGUCAUAGAGCAAACCGUAAGAGGUGCGUAUAAUAGGGAUAGGGGUGGGAACACCGGUACCUCUGAGAACAGGUAUUGCCGUAUGAUAUGAUGCUGUAAGUCCCGUAAUGUAUGACACGGCAUGGUGCGGUAUAAGACAAGUGAGGGGUGCUCAGUGCCUUAGGGUACUGGGUACGAUUUGGUACUCAAGGACAGUACGUAGGAGGGUGUGGGUAUGUGGUGUGUAUAGGUACUUGUAACCUUUCCUCAUAGGCCCGAGUACUCUGCUGUAC